UUGCUAAGUAAACUGUACCAUCAGUUGUAUAUAUACAACACGUUUAUCUGUUAGUCUCUCAGUACUUGUUUCAGAGCAUUCAACUGUACUUCCAGCAAUAUGAAACCAAACAUGGGAAAGAUAAUCUUUUAUGAGGACAAGAAUUUCAAGGGUCGCUGCUAUGAAUGUUCUACUGACUGCGAUAAUCUACAUUCGUACUUCAGCCACUGUAAUUCCAUCCGUGUAGAAAGUGGGUGCUGGAUGGUCUAUGAGCACCCCAAUUACAUGGGGUACCAGUACUUCCUGAAGAGGGGGGAGUACCCUGAUUACCAGGGCUGGAUGGGCUUCGAUGACUGCAUCCGUUCCUGCCGCAUGAUUCCACAUUACAAAGGAUCGUACAGAAUGAAGAUCUAUGAGAGACCAGAAUUUGGAGGCCACAUGAUGGAAUGCAUGGAUGACUGUCCAUCUGCCUAUGACCGAUUUCACUACCAGGACAUUCACUCCUGCAAUGUGAUGGAAGGUCAUUGGCUCUUCUACGAACAGCCCAACUACAGGGGAAGGCAGUACUUCCUAAGACCUGGAGAGUACCGAAGGUUCAGUGACUGGGGUGCCAUGAGCUCCAGGAUUGGCUCUUUCAGGCGUAUCACUGAUUUCUAUUAAGUUAAAAAGUUC